AUGGUUUCAUUGGCGAAGAUUAAAUUAUCGAAAUUAAAUGUCCUUUUUCAGCUAGGAAUUAUUCUGAUUUAUUUGAUGCUAUCAACUCAGGAAAAGUAAUAUCUCAAGGCUCUAGAUUUUCUUUAAAACAUAAUAUUUUUAAAAAAUGUUUAAUUUUCACAGAUUCCUUUUUGUUUUAGAGACGAAAAAAUAUCGUUCAGUUAAAAAGAAUCAUAAUUAUCAUUAUCAGAUUCAAACCCAAUUACAUGUAACCAAAAGAAAAGAAUGUCAUUUUUUUAUGUACUCGAGAAAUCGGCAUCAUAAUAUAUGUACCACUAAUGAUGAUAACUUUUGGUAUCAAAAAAUACGAUCUCAAAUACAUUU